GAAUGCGCAACCCAAAAUGUCGUAUUAUUUCGCAAUCGUCGGAACGCAAGAUAAUCCUCUCUUCGAAUAUGAAUUUGGAACUGCGAAACAGGGUGGUGAUGGGAUCGCCAGGUUUCCCGAGCAGGCCAGACAUAUGAAUCAAUUUAUUGUUCAUAGUAGUUUGGAUAUUGUCGAGGAGGUGCAAUGGGGUGGUGGACAGAUGUAUUUGAAAUGCAUCGAUCGAUUCUACAAUAAUUACGUAUCGUGCUUCAUGACGGGCGGAAAUGUUAAAUUUAUGCUCCUACAUUCUCCCUCGCAACCUGCAAACCCAACAACUUCGAGAACCUCUACAUCGAUCGGAGCAAAUCCCACUUCGCCUCAGACCGAAGAGGCCAUUAAACAAUUCUUUACGGAAGUUUACGAGAAUUGGGUAAAGACGAUCAUGAGCCCGUUUUACCACGUCAAUCAACCAGUUACGAGUUCGGUGUUCAGGGGACGGGUUGCGGCGGCAGGGAAGAAAUAUUUGUGAGGCGCGUUGAGAGAGAAGUAUAGAGGGAUUAUUAUAAUUAUUGCAUCAAGGGGUAUGGCUCUUCCUUGUGUAUGUUUUGGUGCGACGCAGAGCAUAAGAGCGAGAGAUAAGUUCGGGAUUCUUGGUAUAAAUAAAAACUAAAGUCUCGGGAUGUCUUAUAUCACA